AUGGGUCCUCAUAUUUUCAUUGGCAUUAAACAAUUCAUUUGGGAAAAAAAACACAACAUAUUUUUUUUGCUUUUUUAUUCCACAAAAGAUAUUCAAAAAUAUCUUAACAUUCUCUUAUUUUCCAAUACAAAAACACCAAUAUUUUUUCAGUUUUAUAAUUUUAUUUUUCACAGAAAUAUACUGUGUGCAUUCUAA